AUGGCACGAAUAGAAGUUGGAAAGAAACGAAUCUAUAUCUUGCUAGCCGUCUGCGCCGCCUCUUUCCUGCUGUAUAGUCUCUUGUCAUCCCCAAUCAAUGGAAAUGGGUUACGCUUUGCGCCAGACAAACAGGCGCCUAUACAUCCUCCGGAACCGACAAUACCAGAAAACGAGGACGAAGCAUGGGAGGACAACCUGCCUCCCAUUCCAGAAGUACUAGACCGACCUUACAGCGAAGAAAAGUCAGCUACCCACGACAGUUCUCAACCACCAGCGUCGCAGCCAACGGCAAUCGUACAGGAUGCGCACCCAAUCGUCGCGUUUAUGAAUGAGGUCGAUACGAAAUGGAGAGACUAUGAAAGCUCGCGGUCAGAGACGUUUGGACAAACGGUGGAAAGAUAUCGAAGCAAAUAUGGUAGACAUCCACCACCAGGAUUCAAGGAGUGGUAUAUCUACGCGCGCAAGAGGAAUGUCUGGAACAUCGACGACUUCGACCAUGUCAUGGACGACCUACGGCCCUUUUGGGCUAUAGAACCACGAGUUAUGCGCACGCAUGCCGCACAUAUGUGGGAAAAUCGAGACGACGGCGUGUCUGGCAUACAUAUCAGGAACAAGACGGUCGCAGAGAUACGAAAUCCUGCCUGGAGAUCGGAAACCAUGGCAGAAGUGAUCAGGCUGUUUGUUGAAUUUUUACCAGAUAUGGACAUUAUGGUCAACCUGUUGGAUCAACCACGAUUGUUGGUGCCUUGGGAAGACUUGCAGGAGCUGUUAAGCAAUGAACACAACUCUCGAAUCAUGCCACCCGAGGUCGAAUACAACUUCACAUCGGGCCAGGACCGCCUGACCAAUCUUGGGCUUGAACCUGGUACCAUCGACGAGUCAGAAGAGCGCUAUAGUGCUGAGUGGUUUGGCUAUCCAGGCAGACAAUACAUGGACAUUGCAAGCAAAGCCUGUCCACCAGAGUCGCCCGCCCGUGCUAAUAUGACCAUUGAAGACGCAAAUGCACUGUACAAGGAACCAUCGUCAGGUUUAGUCACCAACUUCAACCUCUCUUCUGACCUAUGUACAGUUGGUCCAGCCAUCCACAAUCUGCACGGUAUGCUCUACUCCGCGUCCUCCAUACUUGCGUCGCACAAGCUCGUGCCAAUCUUCAGUGAAUGCAAAGUGAGCAUGAAUAACGACAUUAUGUUCCCAGCCAACAUGUACUGGCGUCACGACGAUCGCUACGACUAUAAACCUGACGACGACGUCGCCUGGCGCGAGAAGAACGACACUCUUAUCUGGCGAGGCGUCACAUCCGGAGGCGUACAGAUCGCCGACAACUGGCAAACAAUGCAUCGACAACGUCUCGUCCAGCUCAUGAACGGCACACACAUGGACCUCACCAAAGACACCGUCACCAUCCUCGCCCAAGACCCACCACCCCAAGCUCCAGAGACCUUCUCACCCUUCGCCGACCUCGGCAUGCCAACCACCCUUCCAGCAACCUACCACCACACCACCAUCCACCCCGCCAGCUUCGCCAACAACAUCUCCGAUGUCGGUUUCGUCGAAGCCUGGGGCUGCGUCCCUGACUGCUCCUUCUACGACAACAUCUUCAGCUGGAAACCACAAACCACACUCACCCAGCAAUUCAAGUCAAAAUACCUCAUCGACGUCGACGGCCACUCCUUCAGCGGCCGCUGGCACGCCUUCCUCCUCUCUAAAUCCCUCGGUCUCAAAGCCACGAUUUUCAGAGAAUGGCAUGAUAGCCGUCUCUUUGCGUGGCGACAUUUCGUCCCUGUCGAUAACCGCUACGACGACCUUUACAGCCUAUUGACGUAUUUCGCUGGUUAUGGAAGUCCAAUAACCCCGGACAUGAGUCCUACUGAAGCUCAGGAGAACGUCUUCAUCCCAUCUCAUCAGGAGGAGGCCAAGAAGAUCGCAAGACAGGGGAGGGAAUGGGCGAAUAAAGUCCUACGGAGAGACGAUAUCGAAGUAUACAUGUUCAGACUGCUCUUGGAAUAUGGAAGGCUCAUUGAUGAUAAUCGAGACAGGAUCGGAUAUAGUGGAGAUGGAAGUGAAUUGGAUAGAUUCGAUGCUGGGCAGGAGUUUGAUGAUCCUGCUGUCUCAAAUGCUGGGGAAACAGGGGGUUCGAGAUGGGGUAUUGGUGGGUGGUUUGGUGGUGUGGCUGGGCCGGAUCAGAAGGAAGAGGAGUCGGAAUUGCCGAGACAUGGCGUUGGGAGUGGAAGCGAACGAUAG